GCCCAUGAUGCUUUUGGUAUGGCUAUCAGACUACAUUCAAGUUACCCUGAUGCUUUUUGUCAGCGAGGACUGUGUAGAAUGCAGCUCGGACAAGAUAAGUGCAUCCAAGAUUUCAAUCGAGCACUUGCCCUUUGUCCAUCACAUUUCCAGGCAUAUAUGGGUCGUGCUGCUUACUAUGGAAGUAAAGGUAGAUACUCUAAGGCUAUUCUGAAUUGCAAUGAGACGAUCAAAAUUCUUCCUAACAGUGUGCAAGCUUAUUUUUACCGAGGAACUUUAAAGUAUCAAAAUAAGACAUUUAAAGCUGCAAUUGAAGAUCUCUCAAAAACUAUCGACCUCAACAAAACCUGCAUUUUGGCAUAUUAUAACAGAGCUGUCUGUUAUCAUCAAAUAAAGGACUUCAGAAAGGCUUUGAAAGAUUAUGGAAUUCUUCUUCUGCUUGAACUGAGUGAGGAAAUAGCGUUUAAAGUGUUAAUUAAUCGUGGACUACUCUACGUGGAACUUGGUGAUUAUGCUAAUGCAUGUGAGGACUUUAAAGAAGCAGCCUUGCUUAGUCCAGAUGAUAGCCAGAUCUUUCAAGCUAUUGGAAUCUGCUACCAAAGACUUCAUGAGUUUGAAGAAGCUGUGAGGUCAUUUGACCAGGUUCUCAAACUAGAUCCUGUUUCUGUGGAUGCUUAUGUUGGACGAGGAAAUUCAUACAUGGAGAACGGACAUGAAACUGGAUGUAAGCAAGCACAGAAAGACUUCUUGAGAGCAAUUCACCUGAAUCCAGAGUGUAUAAAAGCCAGAAUUUGCUUAGGAUACAACUUGCAGGCCCUUGGAAAGCUUAAGAAAGCUUGGAGUCAAUUUACAGUUGCCAUUUGCAUUGAUCCAAAAUGCCAUGCUGCGUAUGAUGGACGAGCUUCUGUCUGUCUUCAAAUGGGUGAAACAUUUGCUGCAUUUCAAGAUACAAAUGCUGCAUUAAAGCUCCAUGCCACUGCUCCACUGCUAACAAAUCGAGGUGUCAUCAGUCAGUUAAUGGGAUAUCUACCCUGUGCCAUGAAGGACUAUAAACAAGCAAUUUCUGUUGACCCCAACUAUGCAUUAGCCUAUUUCAAUGCAGCAAAUAUCUACUUCCAUAAUCGACAGUUUUCACAGGCCUAUUGCUAUUAUUCCAAGGUAUUACAACUUGACCCAAGAAAUGAAUCCGCUAUUAUGAAUCGUGCUAUUACAAAUACAUUACUAAACAAUACCGAAGAAGCAAAAGAAGAUUUUGAGAAGGCAAUUUCUCUCUGCCCAUUCUCUGCAGCAGUGUAUUUUAACAGGGCCAAUUUCUAUAAUGGAUUAAAGCAAUAUGAACUAGCUGAGAAAGACAUUUCAACAGCAUUGUCAAUUCAGCCUAAUGAUGCCUUGAUGUAUAAAUUUAGAGCUGAUAUUCGUGGUAAAUUGGGUUUCAUGAAAGAGGCUUUAGAAGACUACAAACAAGCAAUCAGCAUUCAAGAACAGAUUGAUUCCAUGUGA